AUGUCAAGAGUUCAAUUUCAGUGUGUUAGAAGGUUACAUUUCACCUCUAGGAGGAACAACUUCUUUUCGUGGUUUAAAUCAAAGAAACAACAAGAAGUUCAAGUUCAAGAUACAAAGGAUGUCAUCAAGGAUAUAGAAUCUGGUAAGGCUCAAACUGAUAGUGGUAACUCGAAUGAUAAAUUACGCCUGAUACCAUCAAAUUUUAUCGGUGAAGAUAGUGAAAAGUUGGAAAAAAGAAUGCGUGAACAACAGGUGAAGGAUGUAGCAUUUAACAGAUGGUUAUCCAGCGAGAAAGUGAAUACUGAAGAGCAAUUGGAUACAAUUCUAAACGAAUCUUGGACACUGGCAACUGGUAGUGGUACACCGUCCUUAGACCAACCUUUCCCCGAUUUAGUCUCAAAAUUCAAAUUUACAAAGAAUUUACAGUCGAAGACAGGUUAUAUGGUACCAGAUUUCCAAAUUACAGUAUCAACCACACCUAAACAGUUUAAAGAUUAUUACGUUAAAGAAAUUCUGUCAGGUAAACUGCUUAGGUUUAAGGAAUCUGAACCUAACGCUAUUGAUCUUUCUGAAAAGGACUAUGGUUCUCCAAAUGUUCACAUUGUGAAUGAUGUUAGUACAAAGAAACAGAAUAAAAAGUUUGGUAAGAUAAUUCAGGAAGUCCAUGCAUUGGAACAAGAGAAUUUGAGAAAAGCUGUAGAAGAAGCAAAGAGAGGUUAA